AUGGGUUUAGCUAAUAUCUUGCUUUGUAUGGUCCUUGUGUUUCUGUGUUUUCUGAACCAGGCGAGAUGUGAGACAAGGAACUAUCACAUAGCCGCUGUCGGAAUAAAAUGGGAUUACGCACCAAGCGGUUACAAUCAACUCAAUGGAAAGCCGCUCGACGAGGACAGGUACAAUUAGUAGACAAUGUCAAUUUAAUUGUAGAUUAAUCAAUAUCGUACGUACCCGGUCCGACCUUGACCAGCUUUGACUUGGUACAAGCAGGGCCUGGUAUACAAGUCCACUCCCAACCACGGUAAAGGUCCAGACACACCGGACGCGAUUCGAUAUAACGCGACGCGAUUUUUUAGUUUUUGAAAAUUAAUAAAACAGCCAAUGAGAGCAAAUUUUAAAAGAUAUGUAGACCAAAUAACUCAAAGUGUUUAUAUAGCGCUUCUAUAAAAUAUUUGUAAAUUUAAACUAGGAUCAAAGUUAUCGGUCAGUGAAAAUCUAAAAUCUGGCAUUAUAAGAAGUAAAACGACUGAGAACUCGGCGUGCGCAUCGCAACGAGGGUUAAAUGCCGAAACGGGUUGACUUGUUGACUAGGCCGGUCGCCGGACCGUUCGAUUCCUCAUGAAUUUUGCAUCUUCAUAAUAUUGGGCCGAAAUGGACCCCAGAAUUGAAAUCUUCAUGCUCAAAUUAGUCUAUAGGCCCUGGGCAAACUACGAAACAUUGUUGUGGAAACAUUUGUGAUUCGCGAUGUUUCCUCAAAUGUUUCCCUGUUUGCCCACCCGUGGAAGCAUUGUUGCGGAAACAAACUAUUUGCUUCCCGAGAAGCAAAAAUCUUUCCUAGCGAAUUCGGUUUGAUGUUUCCCGAUGUUUCUCACUAUAAAUGUUUCCUAGUAUUUGCCCAUUCUUGGAAACAUGGCGAAACAUUUGUAAAAAUGUUUCCACAACAUUGUUUCCUAGUUUGCCCAGGGCUUUAGCAACAAUAACAGAAAUCAUAUCUAUUGUCUUUUUUAAGUGAAGCCAAGAUUUUCACCAAAAGAGGCAAAGAUCGCAUUGGGAGAGUUUACAACAAAGUUGUGUAUCGAGAAUGCACAGACUCGUCGUGUGAUGCUAUGAAGAAACAUCCGCAUAUUUAGGAAUCUUGGGACCAAUACUUCGCGCCGAAGUUGGAGAUGUGCUCAAAAUUCAUUUCACGAAUCGUGCUUUAGGAAUUUUUCCGUUCAUCCUCAUGGAGUUUUCUACUUGAAGGAUUCCGAGGGCGCUUUGUAUAAUGAUAAUACGGCAGGGAAAAUAAGGUAUGGCCGAUAUAUACUAAAACGAUAGACCUUUCUGUUUCCGCCGUGUCAAACAGACAUAUAAUCAGUCUGACAGUUUAAAUAGUUCGUGUAUUUAUACGGAUGAUCUUACAAAUCGGACCAUUUCUUUUUUAACCCCAGGAAGAUGACGGUGUCCCUCCAAAUGGUACUCAUACCUACACUUGGGAAGUGAAGCCAGAACAUGGACCUACAUCAGAUGACUCAACUGUCUCACGUGGGCGUACCAUUCUCAUAUCAAUCCUAGAAGUGAUGUUAAUACUGGACUUGUAG